CGAAACAACCCUUGUUUUUUUUUUCUUUAGUGGGGUGCAAGAGCCGCCACAGACUUUGCUCACCUUGAAUGUUGAUAGUCAUCUCAACCAACCAUCGCAGACUUCACUAUCUACGCAUUUUGAGUAGCAUGGAAAUCUUAGACCGCCACGAUGCCCUAUAUCGAUGACGGUUUUGAGGCGCUCUUAGAGCCGUUUUACAAUGGCAAGAAGUUGACCGACCCCAUCUCUACUGUGGAGGACAAGAAUCAACUGCUUCCCGCAUUCUUGAAGGUGAAAGGUUUGGUGAAACAACAUAUCGAUUCAUACAAUUUCUUCGUCGACCAUGAGAUCAAGGAAAUCGUCAAAGCUAAUCGCACGCUCAGAAGCGAUGUCGAUAGUAGCUUCUGGAUCGAGUUUAUCGACAUCCGGGUGGUGUCCCCGGACCGUUCCGACUUCAGCGAGUUUAGAAUCGAGAAUGAUAUUACCCCUAUGGAAUGCCGCCUACGGGAUAUGACAUAUUCUGCUAAGAUUCUCGUUGACAUCGCUUAUACUCGCGAGAAGCAGAAAAUCAUCCGACGAAAUGUUGAGCUGGCCCGUAUGCCUGUUAUGUUGCGAAGCAACAAAUGUCGACUACAUGGUGCCAACAACGCUCGCAUGGAACUUAUGAACGAAUGCCCACUUGACCCCGGUGGAUACUUCAUCAUCAAUGGAACGGAAAAGGUCAUCCUUGUCCAAGAGCAGUUAAGCAAGAACCGAGUCAUCGUAGAGUCCGACGAGAAGAAUAGUAUCAUCACGGCCUCUGUGACCAGUUCUACCCACGAGAGAAAGUCGAAAACCUAUGUCACUCUAAAGAAGGAACGUAUUGUUCUUCAACACAAUGUUCUUGUCGAGGCUAUACCUAUAGUUAUCAUCCUCAAGGCUCUUGGUGGUCUCACGGACUUUGAGAUUAUGCAACUGGUUGCUGGUCCUGACGCGCGAUUCCAGGACGACUUCGCAGUUAAUUUCGAAGAAGCUACUAGAGUUGGCGUCUUCACUCAGCAUCAGGCUUUAGACUAUAUCGGAGCAAGAGUGAAAAUGGGAGGCAGAGCAAAACAGCCAGGCGGUCCUCCAACUGCUCGACGAAGUACGAUUGAAGAAGGCCUCGACGCCCUCGCGAAUCUUAUCAUUGCGCACAUACCGGUCGAAGGUUUAGAUUUCUACCCGAAAGCUAUCUACAUAGCUCUUAUGGUCCGCCGAGUGCUUAUGGCGCAUUAUAAUCCUAAACUCGUCGAUGAUCGAGACUUCGUGGGCAACAAGAGAUUGGAAUUAGCCGGGCAACUUUUGUCUUUGCUUUUCGAGGACUUAUUCAAAAAUUUCAUGUAUCAACUGAAAUUGACCGUUGAGAACUCUCUAAGGAAGCAGAAUCGUGCUAUUGCCAUCGAUCCUCUGGUCCAAGUUGGUGCUCAGGGGAAACAUAUUACCGAAGGCAUGAACCGUGCCAUCCAAACCGGAAAUUGGAGCGUCAAGCGAUUCAAGAUGGACCGAGCUGGUGUUACGCACGUUUUGAGCCGUCUCAGUUAUAUCAGCGCUCUCGGAAUGAUGACCCGCAUAAGUAGUCAAUUUGAGAAAACGAGAAAAGUCAGCGGCCCUCGCGCCUUGCAGCCGUCACAAUGGGGUAUGCUCUGUACCUCUGAUACACCUGAAGGUGAAGCAUGUGGUUUAAUCAAGAAUUUGGCUCUUAUGACACAUAUUACAACCAACGUGGAGGAAGACCCAGUCAAGAGGUGGGCGUUUACGCUGGACUCCGGAGUUGAGCCUCUUCAAUACUUCUCUGGGUCUGAGAUGCACAAGAAAGGUACCUACAUUGUAUAUAUCAAUGGUACCCCCUUUGCUCUAGCUCGAUACCCGAAGCGGUUCGCGGCUAAAUUUCGCACCAUGAGGCGCCGGGGAUGGAUAUCUCCAUUCGUCAGCAUCAACGUCAACGCCCAUCUUUCAGCUGUCCAUAUCGCGACCGAUGAAGGGCGAAUCUGCCGUCCUUAUAUCAUCGUGAAAAAUGGCGAAGCGAAAAUUAAGGAUAGUCAUUUGAGACUACUACAAGCCGGCAAAGCCACGUUCGAUGAUUUUCUGAAGCAAGGUAUUGUCGAGUAUCUCGACGUCAAUGAAGAAAACGACACGCUAGUAGCUCUCUACGAAAAGGACAUCACGAAAGUGACAACGCACGUUGAAAUUGAGCCGUUUACGAUCCUUGGGGCCGUAGCUGGCUUGAUUCCAUUCCCGCACCAUAACCAGUCUCCCAGAAACACAUAUCAAUGCGCUAUGGGUAAGCAAGCUAUCGGAGCUAUUGCUUACAAUCAAUUCAAUCGUAUCGAUACUCUUCUAUAUACUAUGGUCUAUCCUCAACGGCCGAUGGUCAUCACUAAGACCAUUGAGCUUAUUCAUUAUGACAAAUUGCCUGCAGGACAAAAUGCGACCGUUGUCGUCAUGUCCUAUUCAGGCUACGAUAUUGAAGAUGCCCUGGUUCUAAAUAAAGCAUCUUGUGACCGUGGGUUUGGGCGAGUUCAGGUGUUCCGAAAGUAUACUGCUGAUCUUCAGAAGUAUGCUAACGGAAGUCGCGAGAGAAUUGGCGAUAAGGACGCGACACAGGCAAAGAAUGUUGUCCUGGGUGACGACGGGUUGGCUGAUGUAGGAUGCCAGGUUCGCAGCGGCGAGGUUCUCAUAAGGAAAGAGACGCCCAUCGACGUUAACCCGGUAGUUGGAGUUGGAGCUAAAAAGGCUCAAGAGUAUCGUGAGACGUCAUUGUCAUAUCGUCUCCCAGACCCGGCAUAUAUCGACAAAGUCAUGGUUACCCAAACGGAGAGGGACACACAGCUUGUCAAGGUCCAGACCAGACAGACGAGGAGGCCUGAAUUGGGAGACAAAUUCUCGUCUAGGCACGGCCAAAAGGGUGUCGUUGGAAUUAUUGUGGAUCAGGAGGACUUGCCAUUCUCCGAUACAGGUCUUGUGCCCGAUAUUAUCAUGAACCCUCACGGUUUCCCGUCCCGUAUGACAGUCGGCAAGUUGCUCGAAUGUUUAACAGGCAAGGCAUCAGUCGUCCGAGGACACAAGGAAUAUGGAUACGGUGACGCUUUUAGGUCCCAUCCACUAGAACACAUGAGCCAGGAGUUGGUCAACGCGGGGUUCUCUUGGGAAGGGAAGGACUACUUCACGUCUGGAAUAACCGGCGAGCCUCUCCAAGCAUACAUCUUCAACGGACCUAUCUAUUACCAGCGACUGAAGCACAUGGUACAAGAUAAAAUGCAUUCCCGUUCACGCGGUCCCCGGGCUAUUCUCACUCGGCAGCCUACGGAAGGUCGAUCAAGAGAUGGCGGUCUUCGUCUCGGAGAAAUGGAACGUGAUUGUCUAAUCGCGUACGGUGCCUCGCAACUUCUUCUUGAGCGUCUCAUGAUAAGUUCGGAUGCGACCGACAUUGAUAUCUGCGAGCGGUGCGGCCUGUUUGGGUACAAGGGUUAUUGCAGUACCUGCCGAAGCAGCCGGGAGGUUGCUCGUAUGACUAUGCCGUAUGCUGCGAAGCUUCUUAUUCAAGAACUUAUCAGUAUGAACGUCGGUGUGCGGUUGCAGUUGGAGGACGAAUUCCCACACCCGAGAUAAUGUAAUAAAAAGAGGGCCAAGUGGAUGAUGUUAUGCGGCAUUUGCAUUGGGCGGCGCAACUUCUUGCUAUAAGUUUUGCUUGUGGAUUUGGGACGGAAAAGUAUGGCAUCUGCGUAAUUUUACGCAGUUGAGAUUGAUUUACGAGUAGGAAUGGACAGACCAUCCGAAGAACGUAGCUGUAUACGAUAAAUACCCCAUACGUUCACAAGAUGCUCCGGACGAAUUUAGAAACGUUUUCAUUAU